AUGCAGGCGAGAGGUCCUCGUGCUGGUGUCUCCAUCUUUCCGACAAUCCUAGGCAUGGCACGUCAUGAGGGAUGGCGUUGCUUGUAUCGAGGGGUCACACCGCCAUUGAUCAUGGUGGGCACGAAGCGAAGCAUCCAGUUCGCACUGUGGGAUGCUCUCCGCGCAAAUCCCCGCGAUGAGGCUUCACCUUCGCCCUCCCAGCCCCAUGGUAUUGAGGUGUCGUGGCUUAUGGGCAACCCAUUCCUGUCUGGCGCAAUUGCCGGGGGGGCUGGCACCCUAAUUGGAUGCCCACUGCAUGUGAUCAAGAUACAGACACAAAACAUAACCCGAGCACAGAGUCGUAAUUCGUUGACUUCUGCUCGCCAAAUAUUUAUCUUAGAGGGGAUGAGAGGCUUCUAUCGCGGCUUCAGGCACCAUUUGCUUAAGGACGUGUGCUUUGCCGGGACCUUCCUUGGAUUGUACGACACGCUCAAGCGGCACUGGCUUUUCUUCAGCAACAAUAACUUCGCGGCAUUUCUACCUGGGGCAACGGCAGCUAUGAUAACCUGGACUCUGCUAUAUCCUCUUGACACCAUCAAAACACUUGUCCAGGCACGUCAGGAGCACCUUUUGUAUGAACUAUGUACCGACACCAGAAAGCUUUAUUGUGGACUUGGCGCUGCAUUGAUUAAGGCAGGCCCGAUUUUCGGUGUCACAAUGGUCGUUUAUGAGGUGACAAAGCGCAAAACUGAUGCAUGGAUACGUCAGUAUUCGAAGAGAAUUCCUUCCUAA